UAUGGACAAAGACAUCAGCCGGGACAACCUUAUGCGCCAUGGAAUCUACUACGAACCAAAUGUUUACCAAGGCAAUCAUGAGAACACCCAGUCAGCUACUCACUCUCUGCCAGACCAUGUCGAUGCAGUACGCGAUGGGCUGUUGUGUAUGGAGAAGAUAUUACCAGAAGAUUGUGAUGCCACCCUGCGCGAAGAGCUCGCCGAAUUUGGAAGCGUGGACAUUGGUCCAGAUUGGUGUCUGCAUCCCCCUUGUGCUGCUCUCGUUCGCGGGAAACACCAUGAGCGUAUGCUACAACAAUCGGCUUCUCACGACAACCUCAGGUUCUGUGAGCGAAUAGCAGAACGUGCACAAGAAAUAUUAAUGGACUCGGAGAGUGAAUGGACCUUCUUUUGGAGAAGCGAGAUAUUCAAACUGUUUAGUGACGAGGCACGCGAGCAUCCUAACUUCAGUUCCACAUUAGACGCUUGGUCAUUCUACGAAAAUGUCCGAUGGAAUGAGUUUGGCAAUGUCGCCAGGCCCAGUCUUUUUGCACCAGAUCGGACGCAGCCUAAGCCAGAUUUGACUUACGCAUUUCCAAUUCAGACUUCAACACCAGAGAGGUGUAGAGGGUUUUCACGAGAUGAACUCACUCAAUCACUCUCCCUUCAAUCACUCAGAAAGCUCGUGGAGCAGGGUGUGGCUUGCGCUCCAACAACAGCCCUCAGAAAAUCGUUAGACACUCCUGCCAGAACGGGAUGGAAGAGUUCCGACCGAUCGUGUUUCCCUUGGGCCAUCGUUGAAAUAAAGAAAGACGUAUCAGCUCCUAAUGACGAUGCUAUUGCCAGAUGUUACUCUCAAGCAGCUAAUGCUGCAGCUGCAGCCCUUGAUAUACAGGCGCAACUGUUCGAUAAGCUGUAUAACAACUGUCCGUUACAGCCGCCCCCUGUUGUUGCUUUCACAUGUGUUGGGCCUGUCGUCAAGGUUUGGCUCGCAUACCAGCAAAAGUCGACGCGCUUUGCAUCUUCAAGACAGCGCAUGGUCUGUAUCUGGUCUACGUCAGUAACACUGACAUGGGGAGUUGCUUCGUUGCGUGCUAUCAUCAGAAACAUGCACACGUGGUCCUCACGACUAUUAAAGCCAAAGUUACAAGCUGCCGUCUUACAAGUCUCUGCAAAUCUAAGCACAAGUGGUCAAGCCGAUUUGGAACAUCCUUCGAGCCAAGUACAUCAUCCAGUAACCGACGCUGAAAACAACUUGUCAACUCCAUCAAGGCAUCCCUCUCAAGCGACUCCUAUCAUUUCUCAAGCUCUCGGUGAACCGAUAACCCCGGUGAAGGACAACACGCUUGCACUGAUCGACACAGCGACACAGUCGAGCUGUCUUGAUGGCACAUCUCCACGGAACAGCAGCCAAGCUAUAGAACCCUCGAGCAGCAAGAAUGAUGUCAGCCAUGGGCUUGGGGAUGAUGUUUUCAGUGUUGAGAGCACAACAAGAACUCCUGGGCUAUAUGGCCGAGCGACCAGUAGUCGAGCCGGUCUCUUCAACCCACGCGUUAGUUUCGGGACUCAAAUAGCGAUCAAGACUGGAAGACCCUUCGGUAUCAUUGGCACAUGCGUUGCUCGAGGAUCCGGAUCGGACACGAGCGGAUCGGAAUUAGACAAUGUCCGCACCAGAGAUGGUCCUUUUGGGCCAAAAGGAGCCAUCGAUGACGCCCUUUGGCAACGAGGGCAACAACUAUCGGCGUCAAGCUUCCGGUCGUCACCAGCAACAGCAUGCGUGUCAUCGUCCAAGCCAGCAUUCGACGAUUCUGGUACCAAUAACAAUAGCGUUCCAGGUGGAUCUCCCGAGUGUUCUAAACCGUCAUUUGGCAUGGCGCUGGGCAAUCCUAGCAAAAUCACCUCUUUGCCAGCUAGCAGGGACACAGACGUGUGCGAUCUGACGACUGCCUUCGAAUCGGCCAGCCUCCAAAGCGUCUCUCGUGAUCAUGGUGCCAACGUUGGUACUGCAGGCACGCCAUUCUCGGCGUACACAGAGACUGAUGACAACUCAGCACUAUACCAGACCAUCACUUGUCUGUCUCCUUAUCAGGAUUUCUCGCUUGAGGAGUUGAGAUUGGCCGAUUACGACCGGGGAAGACGAUAUCGAUCGCGCAGUAAUGAAGCCGCCCAGUGUACCGACAGUGCCAGCACAGAAGGCAAUCACACUGAUAAUCCUGAUAAAGUGCCCUUAGGAGCUCCGAGACCGGGACUUAAUGGACUGUCUGGAAGAUUCGUAGAAAAUGCAAGCUACAGGGCCGAUGACAACAGCAAAUCUGCUUUUUCAUCGAGUUUAAACACUUCUAAGAACACUAUCAACUACAAUGUUGACGACGCAUUCGCCGAGUCUGACAACGAAGAAGGAGAAGAGGUAGAAGACGACGACAACGACAACGACGACGACACUGGCUCAGACACUUCAAGAUCUUCCAGUCCGCGUAACUGGAUAAGUGGGGAACGAUCAAUCGAUCUGCCGAAACUGAAGGAAUUCAUCAGGUUCUAUAAGAAGUCGCAGCAGCAGCAAAUACUGGAAAGUUUUGAUUUAUAUCGCGAUCCAGACGGCACGUAUCGCAUACCGCUAGCCGCGGUGGUGAGAAGGAUCAACAUGACCCUAAGACCCGCAGAUCGUAUCUUCUAAAUCAGUCUUCGAUCGCGAGUAAAGGUGGUCUUGAGGACAGCUUCCACUGUAAUCCAACCUGCCAUUCGUAAAAAAAACAGUGCUGAACACUGCACAUCGUGGGCGCAAAAAAAUUGCCAAAAAACAUACAACAGCGGGGAUUCGCUGAUGGUCACCCACUCAACUACUAGUCCGCCGGUACUAUGCUUAAGUAUGGCUGAGCGAACGGGAAG